CACUAGGGCUCAUUCCAAGGUUCGCGGUUUCUCUCCAAGUCUCUGCUGCGUAGGAAACGCAAGGGUCGCAUCGUUUGCGUCUGUUGGAGAGUUAGGAAGAGAGGCCAACAUGAGCGCUGGAGGAGAGAAAGGGUCAGCAACUAAGACGCCGGCAGACUUUCUCAAGUCAAUUCGUGGUCGACCGGUGGUCGUCAAGCUCAAUUCUGGAGUGGAUUACCGAGGUAUUCUAGCAUGUCUUGAUGGUUAUAUGAAUAUUGCGAUGGAACAAACUGAAGAAUAUGUCAAUGGACAGUUGAAAAAUAAGUAUGGUGAUGCUUUCAUCCGUGGAAACAACGUUUUGUACAUUAGUACAUCUAAGACGACUCUUCCGGAAUGAGCCCAAAUUGUAUUAGUGGUUUCUGCUAAUUGUUAUUGAUGUCAUGUUGUGGACAUGGGAAUGAACUAAACAAUUCCAACUUUAGCUGUUCCUUGAACUUCUUAUAAAGUUCGUUUUUACCGUUGAUCAUCAUUGUAAUUAUAAUAUCAGGGACAUGAAGGUUACUCCAACUGUUCAUUUUUUAAAAAUUUAGCAGUUUGCAAUUGUUUUGAGAUACUAAGGUAUUAAAGGAACAGUGCAUAUUGGUUUUGA